UGACGGACGUAGUGGCGUGAUGACGCGCGGUGUCCGGUGAGUGCGCCUGAGCCUCGCGGGCUGGCGUCUGUCCGUCCGUUCACCAACCGUCCCGCCGAGCGAGCGAGCGAGCGACCCACGGACAUGUUGGGGCCGGGGCUGGGGCUGCCCCCCCUCCUCCUCCUCCUGUGCUGCUGCUGGGCCCCGCUCUGCUUCGGCUUCUCUCAGUCCUUUGACAGCGACUUCACCUUCACUCUGCCGGCGGGGCAGAAGGAAUGUUUCUACCAAACUAUGAAGAAAGAUGCCACCCUGGAGAUCGAGUAUCAGGUGAUCGAUGGGGCGGGAUUAGAUGUGGAUUUCUACAUUUCAUCCCCAAAUGGAAAGGUUCUCUAUUUUGAUCAAAGAAAGUCUGAUGGAGUACACAGCAUCGAAACUGAGAAUGGGGACUACAUGUUUUGUUUCGACAACUCAUUUAGUUCCAUAUCAGAAAAGAUAGUGUUCUUUGAGCUUAUUCUGGACAACAUGGAACCUGAGGGUGACUCAACCAAGUGGAACGAUAUUCUACCAGGAGGAGAGCUGCUUGAUAUGAAACUGGAAGAUAUUCUGGAUACGAUAAACAGCGUGAAAGGGAGACUUAGUAAGAGCAACCAGAUACAGGGGCUGCUCCGAGCCUUUGAGGCACGUGAUCGGAACCUCCAAGAAGGCAACUAUGAUUGUGUGAAUUUCUGGUCGAUAGUGAACCUUGCUGUGAUGCUCAUAGUGUCGUGUCUGCAGGUAUACAUGCUGAAACAUUUAUUCAACGACAACAGAAGAAGCCAAACGUAGUGCCUGGAAAGUUGUUGGUUCACAGCCCAGGUGGCAUUUGCAAGUGCACUGCAUUUAUUAAAAAUCAUGUAUGCAGGGAUUUCCUUUACGAGAUACUUUUAUAUUAAAAAAAUAAUAUUCUAUAGGGCUGCAGCUAAGCAACACGGUAAAAAAAAUAAUUGAUUGGGUACAUCUGAACUUUAAUACUGUUGGUGACGCAACCUAAGAACUUAAUGCCUUAAACUCACUGCCGAACAAGCUGGUGAUAACACAGAAAUAAAUGAAAUAAUGCUGGACCCUAGCCAGUCACCCUGUGCUAUAUCCUGAAAGUUACUUUGGACAGGUAAUUUAUCUCACUACUUUUCAAGGUUGUGGUGUUAUGCCACAAGCUUUGUUUCUGUCAGCAACAUAUUUGGACUUGUAUGUCUGAGCUUUUUAAGACGUGUGAUAGACGACUAAAGUACAAAGGCCGGUGCAUUGUUAUGUAUGAGCAAUAGUGUACUGAGUUGUACAUGAACUUUUCAUAGUCCACAGUGACAAUAUGUGGUGACGUGGUCCAAAGAACAAAUCAUCUUUCUAAUCACUGGGUCCGCCUUUUUGUUUUUGAAGUGUUUUGCAAACUAAGUUUACACAAUGUAGAAAUCAUGUGAUAUGUUUUAUCUAGCUUUCAUGCAGAGCAAACAGGCUACUGAAUUCAUAAUGACCUGUUAUGGUAGAAUUUGUAAAUGUUUAUAAUAUGAUCCAGUGAUUCGCAGCAAUUUAAUAAUUCAAUUCAUUUCAAUUCCUGACUGUCCAUUCUUUCACAUAAAAAAAGGGCGGCACUGACACAGGGGCAGAAUUUUCAUGUUUACCCUGUGGCCGCGUGGGUUUUCUCCGGGUGCUCCGGUUUCUCCCACACUACAAAGACGUGCAGGAUUGUUGGUUAAUUGGCUUUGGUAAAAUUGUCCCAAGUGUGUAGGAUAGUGUUAGUAUACAGGCUGAUCGCUGGUCGGCACGGAAUCGGUGGGCCGAAGGGCCUGUUUCCGUGCUGUAUCUCUAAAGUAAAGUAAUAAAAAAACUUGAAGACAAAAUAUAAGGAAACUAACAUAGAGUGGACUUGUACAGAGUGAACAGGUCAGCAGGUGUACUCUAUUCUAUGAUCCAUCGUCGAGAAGCCCACAAUAAUCUGAGUUUAUUUGUUAUGGGCAUACUUUCUGCAACUAUCUUGCAAAUUGUUGGUUGGCGAGAUGGUUGUUAUUAUUAUUAGAAUCUGCCUUAUCAGAAAUGCUUUAGAGUGUUUCAGUCCCGUAAAUUGUGGCUUCAGAGCAGUAUUGUAGUUUCAUAGACAAUCGUCUUAAGUAUAUGUGCAUAUUUGUAGAAGCAGGAUUAUUUAUAAAUAUCUUUGUUCUUGUUCCCAUGAAAAAAUGUUAAAACAUUUUACUUGGGCACCUCAAAGCAUCGCUAUAAUAAUCUUGAUGUGAUUGAACCAAAUUCUCCCCCCUCCCCCCCCACCUCAUUAAUGAUCUAGCAACCAAUUUGAACAAUGGAACUAGAUUGUAGAGCUAUUAAAUGUACUGGUUUAAACAUCUUUGGGGCACUUUUCACUGGUGUCAUCUCUCCUCCUGACCAAGGAAAACAAGCCACAAAUUAACAAAUUGACAGUCUACUCGUGCAUAAUUUUGUUUAAUUGAACGUUUACAGCUGCACAAUCCACUACUCGAAAACAAAUGGUUUGUAUCAGACUAACUAAUGACACUGUAUAAAAAGAAACUCUUGUCCAUACAUAAUGUCCAUGUAUCAGUACUACUUAUGAGGACAGUUAGGGCUAUAAAAGGGCACGGUUGUGCUAUGUACAGGUUUUAAAAAAAAAAUCUUAGCCCAGUUUUUGGAGAAUGUCACGGUAGCAGUAUACAAAUCAAGUGAUGUGACGGGCCUACGGGUUAGGUUGGAACCCUAACAUAUUUAUAUUGGGAAGCACUGAAGGCGGUUGACUAAAGCUGUUUGGAAGUCCAUGAAGGCUCUUGGUGAAGUUGGGGGGGAGAGUUUGUGAAUGGGAGGACGGGGUACAUACCAAACCUAGGGGAUGUGGCUGGGGUUUUGUGAUACACUGUGAUGGUGCGAUCAAGAGUCAGACGGGCAACCUGGGGGUGUGGGGACGAGGGAUAGGUGGUUGGAUCCAUUCCACGUGGGUCUGGUCCGGUCCGGUCUGGAUCAAAAUGUAUGGACCUACCGCGGUCCCAUCCCACGUGGCAUGAAUGCAACAUGGUUAGGUCCUGGGACAAUGUGACCCCAAUUUCCCGAAAAGAACCUAUAAUAUCAUUUUACACCGAUCAUUGAUUGGUGUGAAGUGUAAUGGGAUGGAAAAUGCAUCGUCAAAUCUACAAUCCAGUUGCCAUUUUGCCACCUACGGAUCCACGCUGAACAAAACUAUCUGAUGGGUUCUGAUAGCCAGCAGCAUCUUCAUAGAACACAAUUGCAGCUAACAUUUCAAAGUUCCAUGUGAUCGUAGUUUCAGCACUUUUUUUCGCAAUGUGCCAACUUUCCCAAUUGCCCUGUUUGCCUAAAAGCUCCCUCUGUCCAACGACAUCAUUGGACCAGUAGCCUACAGUGAAAAGCUGCCCGAACCUUAACUAAACUUCUGAGAUUGUGAUGUUUUAUUAUCUGAACUAACUUUUUUAAAUGAUCCUGUUGAUGCUUUGGAACUAGAUCGAAUCCUCCAUUCAUUAGGUGCAACUGAUUGUCUGGAAGUCCACAGAAGACUUUGCACAUGUUUAUAAAUAUUGUAGAUUUAUUCCAGAGAUACGUUUUGUGCAACAUGUCCGCUAAAUAAUCGGCAAGCAUAGAGUUGGUAUCAUGGAAUAUAUCUGACAUCUACAUAUGACUCAACCAAAUCAUGUUAAAUGUAUUGAAACCAGAGGGGUGAAAAUUCCUCAUUCAUUGAAUCAUUAAAUGGAAUCAUGUUAAAUGUAGUCAAACCAGAGGGAUGGAAAUACAUUUAGAGUGGAAUGAUCAACGAAUGAAUGAAUUUGUUACCUGGAAUGAAUCGGUUUAAAUAUUUAAAAGGUAUAUCAGGCAAUAAUCUCCCCAAAUCGAUAUGUGAUUGACCAAGUACUGUGACAUGUAAUUAUAAAUUUGCUAGUAACCCCUGCAAGUGCUAUUUGCCAGUUUCCAUUAAUCACACUUGACAGAUCGAAAGAUUCUUGCAUCUCGUGUGUUUGCACCAUUAACGUAGAAAACUGAACAAAGCCUGGCAUUUUUUUCUCUUUCUCCAUUUAAAACCGUUAAUUGUGUAACAUGUUAUGUACAUUUGCAGGUGUAAUUACAGCUUUGAAUUUGUGAAGCCCAUCUCCACAAGUUCGAAAUGUUUGUUUCAGAACAUUUCUGAUGUUUGUCCAUAAAUGCAAGUUCAUAAAUUGCAGACGGUGCCCUGAAGCAUUGUUAAUUAGACUGAGCCAUUAACACCAACAAAGUUGUUCACUGCCAUGUACAAAUGUUUCGACCGUGUGCUUAGUGGUAAAUGAACAAAAUGCACUGUUUGUAAGAGUUCAAGCAUUUCAAAUAAAGUGACUUAAUCCUGUUUGACCUUUGUGUACAAUUUUAAUAAAAAAGAAAUUCAGAGCUAGAAA